AUGGACGAGGAUCUGUUUCACCUGUUGGAUAGAACCAGAGCUCAGAGGUCAGAGCUGUCGGCGCCGGCAGCCGACGAGAUUUCUGUUCUGUGGUGUUUUUCUUUUGCCUCCUCAGGUCUCCUGGCGUCUCUACAGAGCACGCUCAGUAACCCCUCCCUGCAGUCGUCACUAAGCAACCCCAACAUCCAGUCUUCGCUCAGCAGCCACUCCUUUUCCAACUCUUUGAGCUCCGCCUCCCUGCACUCAUCGCUCAGCAACCCCUCCCUGCAGUCGUCCCUCAGCUCCUCCCCCUCCCUGCAGUCGUCCCUCAGCAGCCAAUCGCUGCACUCCUCCCUCAGUAACUCCUCCCUGCAGUCGGUGUCCAGCAGUAACCCCAGCUACAGCAGCGGAGUGGGCGGCUCCAGCUCCUGCUCCUCCUCUUACUCGCCGCUGCUCAGUGGACAGGGCCAGCCGCCACUCAGCACGUCGCCACGGAGACGAGCACAGCUCUCCCCGCUCAUCCUGCCCAUGGGAGUGGAGUCACGGAGACAUCACACCAAACAGUUCUCCCCUACCAUCUCCCCCACCCUGUCCUCCAUCACACAGGGCGUCCCUCUGGACACCAGCAAACUGCCUCUGGACCAGAGGCUUCCUCCGUACCCGCUCAGCCAGUCCCACCAACACCAGCCGGGCCCCCACCAGCCUCUCUCUGGUCUGCAAGGCUCCCAGUCAGGCCAGCAGCCUUCUCCACUGGGCCAGCACCACCACCAACAGCUGCACCGCCUCCAGCAGCCGCGGCCCAACGCGCAGCAGCAGCAGCAGUCGCAGUCCAUGCAGCAGCUCCACCUGCAGAACCUGCGCAACACACACAACCAGCACAUGCAGCAGCACUUUGGAACGCAGCAGAGGCCGAUGGGGCAGCAGGUGAACACGGCGAACGCGCAGCUCAUAAAGAACGAGAGGGCGAUGGAUCAGUGCGUCCAGAGCUCCUCGUCCUCUCAGUGUCACGUCAAACAGGAAACGGAGCAGCAGAGAGCCGGCAGCCUCCCGCAGCUGCAGCAGAUCAGCCACAACCUGGCCUCCGAAUUCUACAACGAUGCCUUGCUCAGCUCUUUACUGGACGACCCCUAUCUGAGCCUCCAGCUCACAGGCAAAUCCAACCAGCAGGUAACGGCGCACCUUCAGAUGAUGUCAUCAUAAAGUGUAAAUAACAUUGGCUGGAGGGGGUAUGAUGUCACCCACAGGUGUCUGA